CCGGAUGUGUGGGGUGUCCUGCGGAGCGGUGACGGCGGCGGCUCGCUGGUGAUUCGCUCUCCCGCAGCAGCAGAGAGUUUGGAGCGGGGACUGUGAAAUGUGUCCGCAUCACGUUGUGUGGAUGAUCGGCGGAGGACGGUAGAGACGCGCUGAGACCUACAACCAGCUGAAGACCAGUGAACCAGGCGGCACAGCCACACCUCAUGCGUGGGCUCGGCCGAGGUCCGAGUGGAAACGGGUCAGAAAAUCAUGGGUGUGCUCCAGCUCCACAAUCCCACUCACCCCAGCACGCUCCUGCAGCGGGCCAAUCAGAUGCGUCUGACCGGCACCUUGUGUGAUGUCAUCAUCACGGUGGACGGCCAGGAGUUCCCGGCGCACCGCACCGUUCUGGCCUGCACCAGCAAAAUGUUCGAGAUUCUCUUCCACCGCAGCAGCCUGCGGUACGCCCUGGACUUCCUGUCCCCCAAGACCUUCCAGCAGAUCCUGGAGUACGCCUACACCGCGUCCCUCCAGGCCACGGCCGAGGACCUGGACGACUUGCUCUACGCUGCCGAGAUCCUGGAGAUCGAGUACCUGGAGGAGCAGUGUCUGAAAGUGCUGGAGACCAUCCAGGCGGAGGAGAGCGAGGAGGCGGCGGCGAGGAAUCACAGCUCCGGAGACCACAGUGACCACAGCCGGGCCCGGCACUGGAGGCACAUGUUGAUGUCCAAGAAGCAUUCCAUACAGGACGGACCCACACGCACCAGCCCAACUGCUCUGCACAACCUGGCACUGUACCACAUGACGGAGAGGAGCUCUCCUGGUCCGGACCCUGAGGGAGCUCCUGAAUCCAGCCCCAAGCUGGAUGUCAACAUGGAGGGUUCCCAGCAGCCUCAGCAGCACGAGUUGUCCCAGGCCUCGACCCUGGAUCCUGCUAGAAAUAUUAAAUCAGAGAACAUGCAGGUGGAUGAAGCCAACAGCUGUGAGGGCAGGUCCUCCAGCGCCGGGGAAGGAAGCUACCUGUCAGACCAGCCCAAAGACGAGGGUCCGGGGACGCCACUGAGAGGCAGCGUGAUCACCAGCGCUCGAGAGCUGCACACGGGCCCCGAAGACGGAGCUCAAGUGGGGGGGAACUCUCUUGACUGUUUCCCCGGGAUCACAGAGAAACAUCUGCCCUCCAUAUACUCUGUGCCCUCCCACCACACUGGGGAGGGGAUGGUGUCCGUGUCAGUGGCCCCGUCCCUGGGCGUGCCGCUGGAUCCGAGGGCCUACAGCGGCCUGCUGCACCAGGGCUUGCUGCACAGAGAGCUCCUCAGCCGGCUGGGCCAGUUUGCAGCUGGGAUGAGGCAAAGUGGCCAGGCCCAAGGCCAGCAGUGUUGUGGCGAGUGUGGUCUUCAGCUGCACAGCAGACAGGCCAUGGAGCAGCACAGGAGGCUGCAUAACGACGAGAAGGGCCACGGCUGCGAAUACUGUGGCAAACAUUUCCAGGACAGCAUGCGGCUAAGAAUGCACAUGCUGUCUCACGCAGCUCCUGCAGAGGCGCUGGUGUGUGAUCAGUGUGGAGCCACCUUCUCCUCAGAGGAUGCUCUGGAAGCCCACAGGCAAACACACACAGGGACUGACAUGGCAGUGUUCUGUCUGCUGUGUGCAAAGCGCUUCCAGACCCAGAAGGCCCUGCAGCAGCACAUGGAGGUCCAUGCAGGCAUGCACAGCUACAUCUGUAGCCACUGUGAGCGCCCCUUCCCCAGCCACACCACCCUCAAAAGACACUUGCGAUCGCACACGGGCGAUCACCCGUUUGAGUGUGAAUUCUGCGGGAGCUGUUUCAGAGACGACGGCACGCUGAGGGGCCAUAAACGCAUCCACACAGGAGAGAAGCCUUACGAGUGCAACGGCUGCGGGAAGAGGUUCAGCCUCAAACACCAGCUAGAGACACACUACCGUGUACAUACAGGUGAGAAGCCAUUCGAGUGUAAGCUGUGUCACCAGCGGUCCAGAGACUACUCUGCUAUGAUCAAGCACCUGCGCACACACAACGGCGCGUCUCCGUACCAGUGCACCAUCUGCCAGGACUUCUGCCCGAGCCUGGCCGCCAUGCAGAAGCACAUAAAGGGCCACAAACCCGAGGACGUGCCGGCAGACUGGAGGAUAGAAAAGACUUACCUGUAUGUCUGUUAUGUCUGAGCAGGACUUGGACCCCCACGCACAGUGUGACACACACUCACACACACAGGCACACACACAGUUGGGCGAAAACCUUAAAAACUUCAAUGUUGCUGAUUUUUAAAGCUGACAGAUUAAAUGUGUCUUUAUGGGUUUAAAAAAAUGCAUUGUGAGAAGUUGGCACAGUGGGAGAUAAAGUUUUUUUUACCUGACAUGGAUUCAUGAAUACAAAUUGGUCUAAACACUAGGGCUCCCAAUAAUCAUCUGUUUCCUCAGCAAUUUGAUUAUUGUUACCGAGAAGUGAGGAAACUGAAACAUGUCAACUGAUAAUCACAAAAGUUAGUCCAAAGAGACUCAGUUUACAUUUACAGAGAAUAAAAAACCCAAAUUAUUAUAUUUUCAGAAGGAGGAAAUCGUUGGUCUCUUUCCCCCCCAAAAAAGUAGAAAAGGAGCCAUUUGAGAAUUGACAGUUUCCGGAAGACUUCACUGAUACAGACACACACAUUUCGCUCUCUCUCACAUAUAAUAAACAACUAUCUCUAAUGGAUCCACUGUGGUUAAAAUCAAUGCCACAAUGGCUGUGACAGCUGACUCGUCUGUAGCAGGAGCUUUUGGAUUGAUUGCUGAACCAUCAAGCAAACACGAGUCAUCUUCUAUGAUUGUGCAGUAGAUGUUGAAAAUAAUUCCACGAAGGCUUGAUUGGCUGAACUUAGCGACACUUUCCCUCCUAAUUUCCUGUGACUACUCUGUUGUUUUUUUGUCUUUUUUUCUGCUGUUGGAUUUUAUUUUGGAGUUGUUUAUUUUGUUUGCAUGUUUUACUUGAAUGGCUGCCACGUUUUGACCUCAUAAGCUUGAUCUCUUUAAUUGCCUUGUCUUUCUUGCAGUGGGUGUUAUUGUUCCGAGGUAACUGGCUCACAGUACGAGUUUCUCUUGCAAUGUAAUAGGUUUUGCUAUUUAUAUGUUGUUUAUUUGUUACCAAAUAUGUGCUGGUUUUCAUCACGCAGUCGGCGUCUCUUGGGAUGACUUCUAGUAGAGCGAGCUCUACCUCUCCUCACUUUUCACCGUUUGUUUUAAACCUACUGCAAAUUAUUCACCCACUCUUAAGUUUUAAUUUUUCUAACAAAUAAAAUCAUAUUUUAAAUGGUCAAACAAUGUGUAAAAAAUGCGAAGAGCCUCAACGCGGCUUUUAUGUGUAGUUUUUUAAUCGGUAAUGAUAUAUAGAUGUCUUAUAAAACCACAGAUUCUGAAUUUUCUUGAAGAAAAGAUUAAAAGAAGUAGUUUUUUUUUACAAAACAUGAAAAGAAAAUUCUGACAUUGAAUCACUAUGAGCAGGUUAUUGUCAGUCGUAGUGUAGCUGUAAUGUACAAACUGUCAUGGUAUGUUAUCCCCUUAUGUGAGCCUAGCACAGGCCUUAUAGAAUUAAACAUGUUGUAUUUUUGUAUUACAGUAAUUUGCUAUUUGUUUACAUUUGGUAUGAUUUGAGAAAACAUCUUAAAGUGUGUGUUUUAUAAGUCUCUGAUUUGAUUAAGAUCCCUCCCUUGUGCCUCUUUUAUAAGUAGAGCAUCAAUGUGCUUGAGUACAUGGGUCUGUGCUGUUGGUAGUUGUUUCUGGGUGUUUGUUUAUUGUUACUUAACUAAAGAUAGACUGCCAUGUAGAUCCACUUUGUCUGAACAUUGCAACUGGAAGCAACAUAGUGCGAUAGUGGCCGAUACUCUGAUGCAAGUUCCAAGCAAUUUUGAUGUAAACGUACACGCUUGUCUCAAAUCGUUUCCUUCAAAGUGACAAUGGACUGAGAUCUUUGGAUGAAAACAGUGUGUAAAGCAAAUCUUGGCGUCAUGUGGGCAUUACCGAUGCCUUCUUAAGUAGCCACCAACACUCAGUGCCAUGAGAACACACAUUCACUGUAUCUACUCUACAUGAACAUGCACUAUAAAUGGAUUUCUUCGGUGGACCAAAAGAAAUAGAGCACUUUUGUUUGAAAAUGGUUUUUUCUUUGAUCUUUCUAUGUUGUGAUAAUGCAGAUGUCCUUUUAUUUGAUGUGUCCUAGAAGGAUGUGAUUAGCAUUGUUUAGAUUAUGUCAAUGUCUGUCUACCUCAGGGCCAGAUCAAAGCUCGACCUGGUAUCCAAUCAGGGUUGUUCUUCUUGCCAUGUGUGCAGUAAAAUCCCUCUCCAUUACAGCUUUGUAACACAGUGUGUGAAAGUGUUUUCUCAGUGUGGAUUCAGGCACAAACUCUGUAUGCGUCAGUGUUCAGUGGCAUGGUAUAAAAAAAAUAAAAUAAAACAAUUUACUAUUUUAUGCA